AUGAAAUCGCUUUUUCCGAUUCCGAAUAAUGUCCAGCCAGACGCUUCAACUCCACCAAGUGGUGUCGAAGCAUCUGAACCAUCACCGUUUGAAGCAACCCCAUCGCGUCAAAGCAAAGCAAGUUCUGAUGCAAAAGUUAGAAAACCUGGUCGACGUUCUGACGCAAAAGUCAAAAAACCUGGUCGAAAACGCGGACGCAAAUCUACGAGAAAAUUCUCACCAGAUCCGGAUUAUACUGGACAUGAACCUAUACCACUAACAGUAAAAAACGAUAUGGAAGUGGACGAAAAAAUUUGUCCUCAUGAUUUAGACGAGAAUCUAUUAGGCGUUGUGAUAGCGGCGCUUGAUCGAGUUCAUGGCAUGUCAGAAAAUCGAACCGACGAUGAUACCGCUCAUCAGAAUAAUUUGGCAACAAGAGAACGACUUAGUUUGAUGAGCAUCGAACAACUUGUCGAACAUGCUUUCAAUUCCGCGAUAGCAUGCUUAUACUACAACGGUUACUAA